UUGUAGGUGCGGCGGUGUAAGCUAUUCAAAUUCAUCGAUUCAUUUCAAUUGCAUAACAAGAAGACACGCGCACAUGUCCUUCUCAAUCUCACCUUAGACUCCGACAUCGCAUGAUUCCCCACCACUUCUUCCUUGUUACUAUCGCUUUUGUCACCUUCUUGUCUUUCAAAUAUCAUAGUCCUUUACAUCGUACCAAACAACAGCAACAACAAUGUCACACUUGAUCAAACUACUACCCGAACCCUCUGAUUCAUUCUACCCAGGUGGUCUCUUUCUACAUGCUGACACGCUUCCCACCUCCUUCGUUUCCUUUGUUCCUUCUUCUUCUUCUUCUUCUUCUUCCUCCUCCUCCUCGGACAAGGAGUUUUCCAACACGGCUACGGUUUCGUGUUUCUCUCGAGGUCCUAGAAGAAGGGUUGGUUUCGAAAUCUUCAGAUCGGAAGGUAGAGUUUAUGGGGUAGGUGGUGUUGGGUUCUUGUCGUUGAGCUUGUCCAUAGACCGAAGCGAUGUGAAUCAGAGGUACGCUUCUCGAGAAUCUUCUGGCGAGAUUCUGGUGGAGGAGCACCAUGAGAAAACUGUGUCUUCUGAUUCUGAGAAGGUGGUAGUGGAAGCUCGAGAGAAAGAGAAUGGAUCGGGUGCUAUGAACAUGACCAAGCAUCUCUGGGCUGGAGCUGUGGCUGCCAUGGUUUCAAGAACUUUUGUUGCACCUCUUGAGAGGCUUAAGCUGGAGUACAUAGUUCGUGGUGAACAGAAGAACCUUUUCGAGCUCAUCCAGGCAAUUGCGGCUUCUCAAGGGCUGAAAGGUUUUUGGAAAGGAAACUUUGUAAAUAUUCUUCGGACAGCACCCUUUAAGGCUAUAAAUUUUUAUGCCUAUGAUACUUACAGAAAUAAACUAAUGAGGAUGAUGGGGCAUCAAGAAUCCACAAAUUUUGAGAGAUUUGUUGCCGGUGCUGCUGCAGGAAUUACGGCUACCCUCCUCUGCUUGCCCAUGGACACUAUCAGAACAGUAAUGGUAGCACCUGGCGGUGAAGCCUUGGGAGGUGUAAUUGGUGCCUUCCGCCACAUGAUCAAAACUGAGGGAUUCUUUUCUCUUUACAAGGGUUUAGUACCCUCUAUUGUUAGCAUGGCACCUUCAGGUGCCGUCUUCUAUGGUGUUUACGAUAUUUUAAAGUCAGCAUAUCUUCAUUCACCUGAAGGGAAGAGAAGACUACAGCAUAUGAAAGAUGAGGGUCAAGGGCUGAACGCUUUGGAACAACUUGAAUUGGGUACCAUUAGAACUUUGUUGUAUGGUGCUAUUGCUGGAUGUUGUUCCGAAGCUGCUACAUACCCCUUUGAAGUUGUGAGGAGACAGCUUCAAAUGCAAGUUCGGGCAACAAGGUUGAACCCGAUGGCAACUUGUGUCAAGAUUGUUGAACAAGGAGGUGUUCCUGCACUUUAUGCUGGACUAAUUCCCAGCUUAUUGCAGGUGUUACCAUCAGCUGCUAUUAGUUAUCUUGUUUACGAGUUCAUGAAGAUAGUUCUCAAAGUAGAAUCUACAUAGAUGAUUAUGGCAACAAUUCAAGAGCCAGAUAUAGUUUGAAAUAUGAAUACAAGUAGUAUUACAUUCUUUUCCCUUUUACUAGAUGUGGGAGAGAAUCAAAGAUGUCUCACACAAACAAUUAAGUGAUGUUUCCUUACAUUUGGAUAUUUUGUUGUUCUUAUACGGUUUACUUCAUAAUCAUAUGAAGAAAACAGGAGAGCUUUUCAUCUUCACAAAAACACUUGACCAUCUCUUUCACUCAAUAUGAGCUGCUGAGGGCUUCUCUAUGUUGAGUAUAAAGGGCUACUUUUUGUUUUACAAGUAGUAUAGUUUUAAUUUUCUUAGU